AUGACCACAGGUCUUAUGCGGCGGUUUUCCACCUCUGCACGCACUCAAUUCUCACCACAUGCUGCGCGAGCACUCGCGGCGCCCCGGCUGCUUGGGCUCAGGCAGUAUCAGAGGAAUAUCACAGAUGUGAGGCCACGGCAGGCAACGGUGUCGAGGAAUUGGUUUACGAGCUCGUCGCCCUGUAGAGGGCCUGAGCUGGAUGAGGAGGAGAAGAAGCGCUUGGCGGAGCGCAAUUUGAAGCUGGGAAACACUAUCCGAAUCCUACACGAGCGCCUGCCUACGCUCCUGGUAUCACCACUCCCGCAAGACAUCCUCUCGCCACAUAUCAGCCUCCACCUGUUUCCCUCGACGCACCCACACUUGCCCAAUGUGAGUGGCAAGAUCGCAUACACGGCCGCUUUGUGGACGGCGCCAGUCGCAUGGGGCAGAGUACCUGUCAUUGGCAACGUGAAACUCAAGAUUCUGUCUGAGCGCAUGAUCAAGAACGGCAGCGCAUUCACUCCGGCGCAUCUACGGGACGAGAAGCUGAUCGUCAAAUGGCAGACGUGCGGCAAAUCGGAGAAAAACGGACAAGUCAGCGAUGUAGUUGAGAAGAUCACGAGCAUUGUGGGAGGCUCAGGACGUGCCAAGGAGGAAUUCACUGGCCUCUUCAUGUUCGAGUUCGACGAGGAAGGGCGCAUCAUCAACCACACCAUUGAACACACAGACGAGGGACGCCACUGGGAGAAGACGGCAAAGGUCAUCAGCGUCACGGACUGGCUGCUUGGCCGGGCAUGGGGCAGGCGCGACGAAGGCAGUCCCAGUUUGGCGUUUGCGCCAUACAAACCGUUCAAGAACCGUGACCAGCGACGUUGAGCCGCUGUCUCUCCCCUCACCACGUCUACACCUCUUCGCGACGCGAUGUUUCGGCUCAGAUUGCUGUACACGUCUGUCGUGCCACUUGCGCAGCCCAAGUGGCUUGCCGCCUGGAGCUUAUCCUGGCCCCACUGUACAAAAUGUGUAACCACGAAGUCAUGAUGUUUCUGUAGCAUAGCGAAUGAUAUGAUCACCCUCUCAA